UUCAAACUACUCACAGCGAGCGGCAGAGCGAACAGUUGCUGUUGUGAUACAGCUGGUGCGAGAAGAGAAAGUCGGUGGCCGAAAACGCCAGUAAAAUAGGAUAAGAAGUUGCAUCAAAGUGAGGUCUUUGAUGUAGAACAAUUAAUAUACCCUGUGCUUAGCACAGACGACUUCGUGUGGAUAUUCCUUUCCAGAUUUUCAAAGAUCUCUACAAAUUCUCCUGCUGGUACCGAUGCAAUGUGUUAUCAUGGUCCAUCAACAAUACAAAGUGCUGAAUUAUUCCUGUCCAAUUGAAUAAUUUCAUUCAAGUUUCCUAUUCACAUUUGAUGGCUUUUUCUUUGGAGCCUUCAUAUAUCAUUUUGAAACCAACAUUGUCUGUGAAAUCUGAGAAUUAUGGCAGUUCAUAAAAGAUCAAACAUCGUUCAAAAUAAUAACAACAAUAACAACAACAACAACCGGGUUCAUCGCCGAGGUCCCAAGAUGAAGCAGCAAACAACCUGCUGCGGUUCGACCACCACGAUACAGUCCAGUUUCUGCUUGCCUGAUUGUCCAAUCACUGUCUAUCAGUUCUUUGUGUUGCUAGCAGCGUUAGUUUGCUAUAUGAACAGUUUUAAUGGUGGACUAGUCCAUGAUGAUGUCUUCGCAAUUAAGAAUAAUGAUGAUGUUCGUCCUUCGACACCUUUAAGUAACGUUUUUCACAACGAUUUUUGGGGUAAAUCGAUGCAAGACAACAGGAGCCAUAAAUCUUACAGACCACUUUGUAUUCUCACUUUCAGGUUGAAUUACAUGUUUGGUGGAUUGGAUCCCUUUGGGUAUCAUUUUGCAAAUGUAGUGCUUCAUAUGGCCGUCUCCAGCCUCUUCACACACUGCAUUAAUGAACUAUUGUUCCACGACAGUAAAGCAUCAUUCAUUGCCGGUUUACUCUUUGCCACGCACCCGAUACACACCGAAGCGGUUGCUGGCAUUGUAGGCAGAGCAGAUAUAUUGGCUUGUCUAUUUUUCUUACUAACUGUACUCCUCUAUGUCAGGAGUAUCUCUGCACACGAUACAUUAAGCGGAUUCCCUACGACGUCACGACCACGGAUGUUUCUCGUAGCAAUUCUUCUCGGGGCCGCAAGCAUGCUGAUCAAAGAGCACGGUGUAACUUGUCUAAUUGUAGUUGCCGCAUACGAUGUGAUUAUUCUCUGUAACAAAGGCAUUACAAGGAUUUUUAAAAGACGAUGCAUUACAAGGGAAUGUCUUCCUCUGGUGAAGAGGUGUGCAGCCUGCAUAAUCACUUUGUGUUCUUUGUUUAUAUUUCGCAUAUGGAUGAUGGAGGGAAAAUUGCCGCCAUUUUCUGAUCAAGAUAAUCCAGCGUCUUAUGCAACAAAUUGGUUGACAAGAUUUUUAACCUUUUCGUACUUGUGCGUUUUCAACGUGUGGUUGCUGCUGUGUCCCGUGAUGCUGUCUUAUGAUUGGCAGAUGGCCAGUAUACCGCUAGUUGAAAGCCUCCUAGAUGUCCGUAACCUAGCAACAUUGUUUUUCUUUCUGAUCUUGGUUGGACUAGCUGUUUAUGCAAUUUUCGUAGCAAAAGGUCUGUCCCAACGAGCUGUCUUGAUGGGGCUAGUGGUCCUUGCAAUUCCUUUCCUCCCAGCAUCCAACUUGUUUUUUAGGGUUGGAUUUGUCAUAGCAGAAAGGAUUCUUUAUAUACCAAGCAUGGGUUACUGUAUUCUUCUUGUUCAUGGUUUGUGGAACAUGUGCAAUAAAGUAGGCAAACCAUUAGCUAGUGCAAUCACCUUUUCCGUCCUUUUAUUGGUUGCCAUGUUCGCUUGGAGAACGGUUGUCAGAAAUUCAGUUUGGCAGUCAAGAGAAUCAUUAUUCAGGUCUGGAGUUGAGAUCUUACCACAAAAUGCAAAGGCUCAUUACAACUAUGCUAAUUACCUUAAAGAUGUGCACAGGACUGAAGAAGCCAUUCACCACUACAAAAAGACACUUAAAUUAUAUCCAAAUCAUGCGAGUGCAAGUAACAACCUUGGUACAUUGCUAAUAACCGAGAAACCAGAUGUUGCGAAAGCACUAUUCAACAAUGCCAUUGCUAAUAACCCGCAACAUGCAAGGGCUCACUUUAACUUGGCCAACGUCCUCAGAGAUCAGAAGAUAUACGACAAGGCUGAAGCUGCUUACCGGGAAAGUAUUCGGAUCAACUCAGAUUUCAGCGAUGCCCAUAUCAAUCUUGGCACAUUGCUACUUGAUUUAGGGCGCCCACAAGAGGCUCGUCAACAUUAUUUAAAGUCUGUCACUUUGUCUCCUGAUAAUGCAGACACUUUCAAUAACUACGGCUCCUUCCUGUCUCGUAUAGAUGAGUGGAAGGAAGCUGUUGUCCAGUAUAGGCACUGCCUGUCUCUACAGCCAAGCCAUACUGUUGCCAUGGUGAAUUUAGCAAGGGCUUUACGCAAGCUUGGACAUACUGAAGAAGUUGAAGAAUUAUACAAAAGAGUUUUGAGUAUUAACAGUGAUACUGAAGUUAUGAAAUCUCUUGGUGCCUUGUACUUCAACACAGAGCGCCCUCUGGAGGCUAAAGCAUUGUAUGAAACAGCUAUACGUAUUGAGCCAGAAAGUAAAGAAAUAAAAACUCAAUAUGCUCAGGUGAUAGCUAAACUUGGAAACAUGAGCCAAGCUAUAACCAUCUUAAAGGAAGUGCUUGGGCGACAUCCCAACUACAGUGAUGCGCACCAGCAAAUCUCUAGUAUCUACGGCAUCACAGGAAGUCACCAGGAGGCCUUAGUACACAUCAAUGCUGCAUUGAACCUAAAGCCGGACCUGGAGGACUUAACAAAGAGUAAACUUCUCUUUGAACGUGGAAAUCAUUACAGGGACUUGGACAAGAGAGAGGAAGCUUUAAUGAGUUACAAAGCAGCUGUUGAGUUGAAUCCUAAAAAUAGCAUCGCACAAAUGAACCUCGGGGCAAUGUACCACAUGACGAGGGAUUAUAAGUCGGCUCGAACACAUUAUGAAGCAGCAUAUGAACUAGACCCAACCAAUGAUAUUCUGCAGCAGAAUAUAAAGAAGUUAGAAAGAAGAGAAUUAGCACUUAAGAAGAAACAACAGAACCAGGGCUCUGUAUGAGGGCAGUAUAGCUGACAUCAUAGUGCUUGACAUUUUGUACUCCAAAUCCAUCCUCUUUUCAACUUCCUCCAAGUGUCAUUAGAGACACAUCUUUUGAGAUAAUGCAUAUAGCUUUUAUUGCAGAGUUAUAGAGUUUAAUUUUUUAUAGUAUCAUAUUUUACAAGAGUGUCUAUCAAGUGGAAUGGGUUGUUUUGCCCGCACAAUCCAUUGCACAGACGUGUGUAGCAACAGGUUGCUUGUAGUUGCAUGUAAAAACCAUCAUGCAUAAGCUUACUCCUCAAUUGUUUAUAGAUACUGUAACCACCUUACUUCUUCUCCUUGAUCUAGAUCCAUAGGUGGCGACGUAAGAAAAUGUCUGUGUAGAGCCACAGGAGAGGGAACAGUGGCCAUGGUCUAGAUUGUUGUUGUUGAUUGAUGUGUCUUUGUUUAAACGGGAAUUAACAUUUUAGUUGUGAGCAAAAUGUUGGGAUGUAUAGGGAUUAAACACAAGAACUCAAAGUUGACAUAGUAAGCACUUAUUACAUCAUAAGUCAUUGUAAAGUCUUUAUUAAUAAUAUUUUUUACACCCGUAUUUAUCACAAUUCUACUCCUAUUGGUAUUCUCUUCCAUUUGCCAGUGAAGAAAAUAUAUCAGGUCUCUUUUAGCAGUAAUUGUCAUGACUGUUUUAUAUAGCAGAUAACUAGGCACAUUUGGGUUUGAAAGACAGCAAGUCUUUACACCCAACGCAUAUUGAGUAUUAUGUGGAAUAUAAGAGGAGAUAAAAUGGGCAUUAAAAGCAGCCUACAAUAUUUUAAACUAAGUUAUUAUUAAAAUCAGUUUUAUUCAUGUAUAAUGUGCUUCAGUGGUUUUAGUCAUUAGUUGUCCAUUAUUUAUAGCAUUUGUAUAUCUAUUUAUGUUUACAUAUUUAUAUCUUCUAGAAUUUUAUUGUCCUGUUAGCAGCUUUAUUUUUAAAAUUCUAUUUUAUAUAUAUUCCUACAAAAAUUUUGGUAAUGAGCUAUCAUUUUAUGUUUAAGUUUUAUUUCUUAUCAUGUGUUAUAUGAAUGAAUUAUUGUUUUAUGAAUGAAUUUAUCUUUCUAUGAAAUUAAGUUUAUUUAUAAUUUAACAUGGAAUUUCACCUUGCCUAUAAUUUGAUGAAAGCCAUUUCUGAAAAUUGUUUUUAAAAUAUGAAAUAAAUAUGUGUGUCUACUUUACCCAGAGUAUGUGGUAAUAUUAGCAGCUUGGGUUUGAUAAUGUAAUGCACUCGAAUAUAUAAUUUGUUUAGUCAUAAGUUAAGUCAAAUGUAAAAUUAUGUAAAAAGUAUACAAAAUGUAUAAAGUUUUUGUGAUUCAUAUUGUGGUUUUUUUGUCUGAUCAGCAAUGAUAUUUUGAUAUUCUUGACCAAAUAGGAGGUACAGCCGACAUCUCAUAUCUAAUUCUAAUUGCCUUUUAUAAUAGUGAAUUUAACAGCUUGUGUUAAAUAAUUAAGAUAUGGAUAGUAGAACGAGGGCGAUAUUUACCUGCUUGCUUCAAUGAUUCAGUGCAAUACAAAUUCUUGAUAGUUUUGGCUUGGAAAUCACAAUUGUUUUCAACAUUUUAAAUAAAUGGAACCUUGAUGAGUUUAAAUUCUUGAUAUUUUUUGAAAAUAUACCUUACUACAAGCUUUUAACCCGCAAUAUUGCAAUUUUUCUAAAUUUAUGAAACUUAUUUAUACUGUAUUCCUCUUCUCCACUUGCAAAAGCUUUGUUGUAUAUUUAUUUUGUCUCAAGCAGAGUAUUUUAUAUUUAAAUGUAUUUGAUUUAUAUUGUUUUAUCAGGGAAGAGUUCCCUGGUUUUAUUGAAAGAAAAAUCAAUUUUAGGAAAUACAAUUCCCUCUAAUUCAAGACCACAUUGGGACCUGAAAAUUUGGGGUGGUCUUGUGGUUCAGUUUCCACUAAAAUGGUUAGCUUUGUGUUAAAGGAUAGAAGAUUUUUAUUUGGUUGUAUGAAAAAGUGGUCUUGAAUUAGAGGGGUCUUGGAUUGGAAUGUGCACUGUAGUUAAAUUUCCACUUUGUAUGCGAUGCUAUUGAGAAUGAUUUGUUACUGAUCUAGUUUAAUUUUGCUGUGCCCUUGUUUCCUGUUUGCAUCAAAUUUGUCCUGGUAAAUAUUUGUUUGGAAAUGUAUUAAGACAUAAAAUAAUGAAAUAUGAAAUGACAAUAUAAAUAAAUAAUGAAAUAAAAAAAAUGAAAUGUAAUUUUGAGAUGAUGUUUACUCUUUUAUCUGUUAAAAAUGUAAUCCUCCUGUGCUGAUAUUUUGAUUUUCUACUAACAUGUUGACUACAGCCUCACUGAUAUCAAGAUUUGCCCUCUGACCCUGAAAAUCGAAUCAUCCCAGUUCAACAUACAGUAUUUACACUGUUAAUUGUUAUGCAUGACAUCAUUUUCACAUUUAAUAUUUUAUCAUAUUUGGCAAACAAUAAAGUUAGUGAAUGAAUAAGAUAUUGAUAAAUUAGUACUGAUACCAGAGAUUGCCAAAUAAUUAGAUUAUAAAGCACAGUUUCACACUGUAGAUUUUAUGAAGACAUGAUGUUUGGUGCAUACAACAAUCAUUGUAUAUAUAUAUGAAUAUAGAUUGUACAAUUUUUGAAUGACAAAUUGAAUGGAGAAUUAUUUGAGUUUGAUAUUUUUAUAUUUAAUCAGUGCAUAGACAGCAAGCUUUGUAAUUUUGUAUAUUUGUUACUUAAAUACUUUCUGAGGCCUUGGUUAUUAAUGUUCUUAUACAUAACUAUUCUAUAACAUAACACAGUAAUUGGAACAUACGUCUAUCACACAUACUUAGCUCCCUGUGUUAGUAUUACAGAGGCAGAUUCCAGGUGGGGGAAGCUGGCUCAGUUAACCCGCACCCAACGUUUUGGGAAAUUAAAAAAGGGGGAAAUUAAUGUUUAUUCAAAUUAAUGUUUGAGAGUGCCUUUUCAGCCAUCUAGAGGUGUCAUAGACAUACAAUUUCAUACCUCAUACUGACCAUGAUGGGGCUGAGGUUUUUUGGACCCUCCAUUGGUAAAAUUCCCUGCCUUGUCCCCCCUCUGUUUCGAAUUCUGGAUCCACCACUGUAGUUUGUAAUCAGUCUAUUGACAUGUAAUUCUAAUAGGUUCUUGCUUUUAAUUAUGUAGUGCCUUGCCCAAGAAAACAAGCUGGCCAGCUUGAGAUUCAAACUCAGUCUCUUGGUUGAAAGGUCAAAGCCUUACCACUGUGCCACAUGUUGAUUUGUUAAGUUAUUUAAUUGUUUUGUAAAAUUGUGUUUUUAUUUUGUAAAAUUCAAUGUAGUAAAGACUAUUUUUUAAAUUUUUAUCAUGUUCAUUAAUUAUGAAGAGUUAAUUCUAUUCUUGAUUUAAAAGCCUCAAAAGUAUGAGGAUUAGAAUGAUUUAUUAUUUAAAAUUAAUUAGUUUUAUCGAUCAGUAAUAUUGUAUUGUAUUUUAUUUACAUAUUUAUUAAUUUGUAAAUGUUUUCUGUGUAAGUAUCAAUGAUAAUAGGUAUUUUAUUACUGUUACUAUUCAACCCUAACAUACAGUAUUAACAUUAUCAUUCAUGGUUAACAUUACCAUCAUCAUCGUCAUCCUUAUCAGCAUUAUUAUUGUCAUUAUCAUCGUCAUUAUCAUCAUUAUCAUUACUGUCAUUCAUCCUUUGGAAACGUUUAAAAGAAGUAAACAUCCUUCAUAUUAUUUUGACUAGUAUACAUAUUUAAAUAUUAUUUAUAUUAAUAAUAAUUUUUUAUAUUUUAUUAAUUUAUUAACAGUAAGCAAUAUGUGCUAUUUUCAAGUUGAUAUUUAAAUUACCUUUACCUUUGGCAAUGUUAUUCAUUAUAUGUGAUAAUCUGAUACAUUUAUUUUGAAAACGAGCAACAGUCCUGUUAGGUUGGUGCUUUAUAUACAUACAGUAUUGAGUAUUUACAUGGUGUGGUAUUUUGAAGUUAGUAUUUUAAUUUCAGCAUUAAGGUGCCUGUAAAUCUGCAGAGGCUAGAGUGUAUAAUAGUCAUCUUAAUUAAAGCUUGCAAAUAGAAUUGGAAUAAUACUUACCCUUUCUCGCAAAAGAGUCAAUAAAUCAAAUAUGCAUUUCUAA